CAUUUCUUAACUUGUAGCAAUGGAAUAUAUCUUCAAUCAAAGCAGUGAAAUAAAUUUUAAAAAUUGUAUUAAUUCAUUUUUUUUUAUAUCUAAAUAUCCAAAGUUGAAGUGAACAGGUGAAUUGUAAUAAAGAAUUAAAUUUCAUUUUUUAUAUUGAGCUAUAAUUUUCAAAAUUCAGAGUUAAUUGUUGAAUUCAAGUGAAUUGAAAGAAAAAAAGUAGGACAAAGGUAAGUCAUCGACAAAAAAAAAGGAAAAUACACAAACACACACACGAGUUCAACGUAAUGGGAGAGAAUAUGAAUGAUUGCGUUGGUACGAAUAAUGGAUCGGCAUCGAAUCCAUGGGCUGCACCAUACAGCUACGAUCAGAUUUACAAUUUGGCAGCGUCAUUAGUCAAAAAGCAACAAGAUCAACAAUUUAAUGCAUAUCAAAAUCACGUUCAGAAGUAUGCUUUAGAGCAAUUGGCCAAACAGAAUAAUGCGCCACCCGGAUUUGGUAAUUCUUGUCUAAUUCCACCACCGCCUCCACCACCAUCUCUAUCGACCAUUGAAGCACCGCCACCACCAAGUUGGCACGGUAAUCAAUCACAGAAUAAUCAGAAACAAUUCGGUGGAAUUCGAUUUAAUUUAAAUCAAAAUAAGCGAUUACAAAAUAGUAGUCCAUUGACCAAUGGCAUCGGCGCACUCAACUAUCAGCAACAGCAACAGCAACAACAACAACAACAACAGCAGCAGCAGCAGCAACCAGAAGGGAACAAUGGAAAUACAAACAAAAAGAAUAAGAACAAACAAAAGAAAAAGAAUCGUAAUAAACAAAAUCAACCACAACAACAGCAACAACAGCAACAACAGCAGCAGCAUCAACAAAAUUUGUCACAUAAUCUAUCGCAAAAUGGGUCAAUGAUGAACAGUCAAAAUUUUCUCGAUACCAGCAUUCCUCCACCAAAUUUAACCCUUUCCCCUCAGAUAACUCCCGAUUUGUCAAAGCCGCCACCGGCUUUGCUAAAUCCUUUCUCUCAAAAACCAUCACUUUCCAUGCCCACAACUCCAACCACUCCAAUACAAAACGCUUCAAUACCAUCAACAUCCAGUCCAAUUCUUAAAAAACCAAAUCCAUACAAUAAUCCGACUGAUGCAUGGCCCGAAAGUUUAAAUCGAUAUGUUGAACGUUGCUAUGCAAAGUGUCGCACCGACUUCGAUAAAGAUCAAAUUCAAAUUUGUCUAAAAGGUCGCAUUACGCAAGCAGCAAAUCGCGGUGAAUUAUGGACCAAAGAUUGGGACAGUGAACCAACGCCAAGUGUACACAGUGAACGAAAUAAUGUGAUGAUUCCAAAGCAACCAAAUCAGGGUGUUCCCGGUCAAUUGUCCACUUUCCAGAAUAAAUCAACGUCAGCGAUUUCACCUAAAAAGGGAAUUUCACAGAGUUUAGGUCAAAGAUUAGGUAAUCGUGGUAAUAAACGCACGAGUCAUUCACGUUCACGUUCACCGUACACAUCAUCGAAUCGUAAGCGUCGUAAUUCGUCGAGAAACAGCCGAAGCAGCAGCAGCAGUAGUGACAGUCGCGAUGCUUCACGGAGUCCUCAACGCAAAAAUCGUCGCACCUCAAGUUCAUCGUCCAGCUCGGAUGAUUAUAAGAGUUUUACGAAACCGAGUAACAAAAAAUUGGGCUUACGCCUUGGAACAAUCGCUGGCAAUUCACAACAAAAUGCAUCAAAAAAUAAUAAAAAGAAUAAAAAUAAAAAAGAUAAUAACAAAAAGUAUGGAAUUGGGGGUGAUAUUGUUAGUGAUGCUGAACGAUUGCAACAGCGUGCCGCACGAUUUACAGAGAAGAAAGCACCAACAUCGUCGCAUGCAUCGAUGAUUGGCAAUAAGAAAAAGAAACACAUGCCCAUUCAGAGUCGAUUGUAUAUUGAUGAUAAUGCGGAUAAUAAUUUCGAUUUGAUUGAUUUUCAUAUUGUUGGCACGUGUCGCGACAUUGAGAAAUCAUUUUUACGACUCACAAAAGCACCAGAAGCGCACGAAGUUCGACCGGAAGAAGUGCUUGUUUUUUCAUUGGCCAACGCCAAAUCGAAAUGGAUCGAAAAACAUGAUUAUUACUAUGCAUGCGAUCAACUUAAAUCCAUCCGACAAGAUCUAACUGUACAAGGCAUUCGAAAUGAGUUCACAAUUCAAGUGUAUGAAACACAUGCACGCAUUGCCAUGGAAAAAGGUGACCAUGAAGAAUUCAAUCAGUGUCAAACACAAUUAAAAAUGUUGUACGCAGAUCUUGGCGGAAAAAAUCGUCUUGAAUUCACAGCGUAUCGUAUUUUGUACUAUAUUUUCACGAAAAAUACUCUGGAUUUAACGACAACGCUUAAAUCCUUGACGAAUAGUGAAAAGGACGAUGAGUGUAUCGCACAUGCAUUACAAUUGCGUUCAGCGUGGGCAUUAGGGAAUUAUGUGAAAUUUUUCAAUUUAUACAAAUCGGCACCAAAAAGUGCACUGCAUUUGAUAAAUUGGUUUAUUGACAGAGAACGCAAAUUCGCCCUUAAGAAUAUUAUUAAAGCCUAUCGCCCAAACUAUCCGGUCGAAUUAGUCGCAAAAGCGUUGGCGUUUGAAACGUCCGAAAAAUGUGUUGAAUGGAUGACGCCGUUCCAAGUGGCAAUUACCGACAACACAACGAUUGACUGUAAAACAAGUGCCUCAGUAGCUAUCCCAUUAAUUGUUUAAAUAUGCUUGCCAACGAACAGUAUCCAAAUAUCUUCGAAUAUCUAUCACAUUCAUAAAAAUUCAUUUUUUAUUCGGUUAAAAUAUCGGCUUUGAAUGCCAUCGAAAUGGCUCCUUAGUGAUGUCGUUUAAGUUGAACCUGUAGGAAUGAUAAAUCAUUGUAAUACUCUUAAUUGGAGAACAGAAAAUUCCAUCGACAGACAUUUAGUGUUCAGAAUUUUAAGUUCGACAACUAAUUUUCAUGGCGGUUAUUAAGUAUUGAUUUUUCCAUUUAAUGAACUCUUCUACAUUGUGUUUUUGUGAGCCGAAAUUAUUUUUCUUUCGCAAAAAAAAGACAUUCUUCAUUCAUCGUCUUGCUUGAGAGAUCUCCGUUUUUUUAACUGAAAUAUUUUUUUUAAAAAAAUCGUUUUAUCGGACAUUGAUUAUUUCAUUAAAAAAAAUAAUUGUAUAUCAUCGACACAACAGCGCUUUAUAAAUCGUGAAAAGACUUGAGUCAAACACCAAUUUUUUUGUAUGAUGUAUAUUUUUUGUUCAGUGUAUUUAUUCAGUUUUAUUCGAAAUGUGUUCGCGUUGAUUUAAAAUUGUAAAGAAAUCGCUUAAAUGUUUGUGGGAGAAAAGAAAAGAAUUCCAUACGGAAAGUAGUAAGUUAUAUCGUAUCGAUAUCGACUGGGAAUGAGAGAUGAGAAUUACAGUAUCACACACAAGAGCAGAUUUAUACAAUAUAACAUUUAUUUCAUCAUAUCAUCGUAUUGUGAACCAUUGUUUUUCUGUUGACCUAUAGCACUGAUUUGGCACUUGUUCACUCUUGAUGAAACGACCAAGCAAGCACGAAGUAAUUCGAAGAAGCACUGAUUUAUGCAAGGUUGCUGGGCAAACACUUCUUCAGACGCUUCUAUUUGACAGAACUGCAGUACUGAUAGGAUGUAGUGAUUUACACAAUCUCUGACUGCAAAUGAUAAAUACUACGUAUAUUUUAUCUCGCACAUUGAAAAUCUCGCACUCCGUCAACUAAAAAAAAUAAAAUAAUGUACGACAUUCAGCGCAAAUAAUUAUCAAAUCCAUUCAAAUUAUAAAAAUUAAUAUAAAAUCAAACCAAUCAACAGUUGUUAAUCAAAAUGCCGUUAAAAAUUGUUGGAAUUAUAAAAUAUUGUGCUAAAAAUACAACAAACAAAACUCUGGAAUAAUACCAUCGAUUGUGAUCAUAUAAAAAAAUGAACUUUAUUCAACGGAAAAGUGUUUGUGAUCAACGAUUUUUGAGAGAGAAAGAGAGAGAGAGAGAGAGAGAGAGAAAUCACAAAAUGGACACACAUUCACAACAAAUAACAAAUUCAAUUCAACAAUACCAACACGAACAAUUCUAAUUACAAGCCAAAUAGAAAAAAUAAUAAUACAACAACGUGAAAACGGAGAAUUUCGAUUCAUAAAAGUGAUUUAUUUGAUAUAAGUGAAUUCCCUAUGUUGAUUUUGAUUUAUUCUUUCUUUUUGUUGUUAUUGUUUUCAUAUAUAUAUCUAUAUAUAUAUAUUUUGUGAACUAUCCAACCCAUUUCCUCCUUUUAGUAGUAAAAACGAAAAAUAUUAUUUUUUCUCGUUUUUCCCACAGAAAACAAAAAAAAAACAUACCCAAAUAACACACAUUUAUAUUGUAAAUAAAUUUUCAAUUUGCAUAAAACUAGAUUUACAGGUUCGAAGAAUUUUAACGAUUGAGAGAGUGUCACAGCGUGCUCGAGCUGAUCACCACACAAUCUAUCCGGAACACGUAAACACAUCGACAUGUACUUCAUGAACAUUAGACGAAUAAUUGUUGUUUUUAUUCAAGAUUAGAUAUAGAAUUUUUGUUUUAACCUUCCCCUUAUUAAUACUAACUAAUAGAGAAAAAAACUCUAGAUCAAAGUCAUGAAAGUCGCCAAAUCUUAUUAUUUCAUUUUUUUUAAUACCAGGAAACUUUUUUAAAGAUGGUCCAAUGAAGUUGGACUUUGUUUUCUAAAUAUAAUUUGCAUAAAUUCGGUAUUAUGAUAAAUUAUUUCAUAUGGAUAAUUUUUUUUCUUUCGAAGAAAAUUCUAUUUCGUUCACUGACUCAUUUUUAACAAAGUGAAAACAUUAAUAUACUCGAAAUUCAUUUUAAAUGACUAGCAUGAAGAGCCUCAUAUAGGAAUUGUUUCAUGUAAAUAUAGAAGGUGUAUUCACACAGGCUCAAGAAUAAAUAUGAUUAAGAAUUGCAUUCGUUUUAGAGAUAACAGUCAAAAAGCUGAUCAAUUGCCUUGGGCAAUACAGCAUAAUGAGCAUCAGUGUCCGUUUUUAAUUUGUUUUUAUGACUAUUUGCGAUUUAAAACAGACGGAAUCUAAUAAAUAAAUAUUCUAUCUUAUCUCCACACAAAAA